UUGAAAUUGUUAUGAAAUUAAUAACAAUUAAAUUUUUUUAGAAUAAUUUUUUAAGUUUAGUAACUCAAUAAUUAAUAUCGAAUUCUGAUAUGAUUCUGCUGCUUGAGUAUGGCAAGAAUGUCAUAAAAAGGAAAUAAAAUAAAUUUCAAAAAAACUCAAGAAUGCAUCAGCGAAUACUAAGGUCCUGGUUGAGGAUUCACACUCAAGGAUUUUAAAGGACCUUGAAGAAUCGCAUUACAAGAGAUCGUCGACCCUCAAAGAGGAUAUGCGACGAUAGGAUACUGGUCUCCCUUCCUUUUUAUCUCUAUGCACCCACGUAGUGAAACAGAUUUUUCUUUUGACGUCACCGCACCCAGACCACGAGAAACGUGGUUUGAGUAGGUUGAAGUUGGACCCUACAACACAUAAUAUAGCCUCAAGAAAGAUUCUUAAGUCCAACUGUAAACGUAAGCCUCACCACGACCUGAAAGACUCUUGUGAAAGUAACGUGGUACAAGUCAAGCACACCGGGAAGGGACGAAACCAUUUAUUCUUUUUCUACUGGUGUUGGAUCGGCCAGUCGCGUGGUAACGUUCUUCUCCUUCUACUCGGCUUUCACCUCCGCGCGCUGGUGACUGCUAGUUCAAGAUACAUACCACAGUAAUAUUUGUCUAUAUGUGAAGAUUGGUCCUUGUCUAUCAAUCCAUAAGUUCAAUAAUGAAAAAUUGAUUUUAAAAAUGUUUAAAUAAUUUUUUUUUCACUUGUCUUGUCAUCAAGACGAGGAUAAGACGUCGUUGAGAUCAGUUUGGAAUAAACGAGUGGAAAAGUCAAAGCACAAAUGGUUUAGCUAAAAUAAUUGUGUAAUCCUUAGAAAGGAGUGUGGAAAUUACUCUAAGGACAAAGAACGAUUUUUCGUUGGAGAAAGAUUGAAAAAAGUUAUACGAAAUGGCUAAAAAUCAUCAAAAUGGAAUGAUGCCAGGUGCGGGCGCUGAUCCUGGAGACUUUUCUGAUGAUGAUACCACACCAUUAAACCAAGACUAUGCAGGAAGUCAAAGAACAGUUCCGGAGACAAAAGCAUGGGAUGUGUUCAGAGAUCCACCUCCAAAAAUUGAUUCAGGAUCGAUGGCAAAUCAAAAAUGCCUCGAUGCAACAGUCCAAAUAACCAAAGUAAUCGUAUAUUUGGUAGUAUUUAUAAUAGUACUUGGUAGCGGUGUGAUUGCUAAAGGAUCAGUACUGUUCAUGACUUCCCAACUUAAACAAAAUCGACAUGUAGAGUAUUGUAAUCGAAGAUUUCAACGUGAUAAGCGUUAUUGGUUCACACCUCCUGAAGAAGAACGAAUUUUAUGGAUCUGGUGUAUAAUUAUUGCUUACGUUGUUCCUGAAUUUGGAACACUUUUUCGAAGUAUUCGAAUGUGUGUCUUCAAGUCAUGCAAGAAACCCUGGUCGUCACAUUUUCUUCUAGUAUUUAUUAUGGAGACUUUCCAUGUUGUGGGUUUGGCUUUGCUUUUCUUUGCGGUUUUGCCAGAGCUAGACGUCAUCCAAGGCGCCAUGAUUACCAACUGCGUGUGCUUUGUACCAGGAUUACUCGGUUUAUUAUCCAGAUAUAAGAGCAAAGAUGAAUCAAGAAGAUUUGUUCUUGUACUUGUUGAUCUCGCAGCUUUAGCUGCCCAAGCAAGUGGAUUUGUCGUCUGGGCAUUACUUGACAGUUCUAAACCCAGCAUUUGGCUGAUGCCUGCAGCAUUAAUUCUUACUUCCUGCGGCUGGUGGGAAAAUUAUGUGUCACUACAAAGUCCAAUUGGAUUUGUACGGACACUUGGAAGAGUGAAAAAAGAACUAAGACUGACGAGAUACUUCACGUACAUGUUUAUCUCAGUCUGUAAAAUAAUUAUUUUUAUAAUCAGUUCAUUAGUAGUUUUGUAUGUGAAAGGUGAAAAUGUUGGACAUAUUUUUACUAUGUUUGGAACAGCAUUUAGCAGACGGGAAAUUACGAUCAAUGCAUCAAUCAGAGAAAAUCCAACCGUUACUGGUGGAGCUGUUCCCGAUUUAUCAGAAAUUAUUUCCAAUGGAGAUACUGAGCAAGUAUUUACUGAUAUGAAUGCAGCAGUUUAUGUAUUAUUACUGCAAAUAUUUGGAUCGUAUUUUGCAUAUAUUUUCGGUAAAUUUGCCUGCAAAAUUUUAAUCCAAGGCUUCAGUUACGCAUUUCCAGUAAAUCUGACUAUUCCAGUACUGAUUUCACUAUUGAUAACUGCUUGUGGUUUGCGCAAUGGUGAUCCAUGUUUCUUUGAUGGCACAAUUCCAAACUACCUGUUUUUCGAAUCGCCUCCGGUUUCUUUCCUUAAUGACUUUAUAUCGAAAAAAUAUGGUUGGGUUUGGCUUCUAUGGCUACUCUCACAAACUUGGAUCACUCUUCACAUUUGGACACCAAAAUGUGAGAGACUUGCAGCAACAGAGAAACUCUUCGUUGUUCCGAUGUAUGAUUCUUUACUUAUUGACCAAUCAAUGGGAUUGAAUAGAAAAAGAGAUGAUCAGCCAGAAGUAAAAGUUGAAGAUUUAGCAGAAAUUGAACGUGAAAAGGGCGAUGGUGAUUAUGAAACAAUUUAUGAACAAACAGAUGGAUCAACAACACCACCAUCGGCAGUAAAAAGUAGUGACCAUGUUACCAGGAUUUACGCAUGUGCUACGAUGUGGCAUGAGAACAAAGAAGAAAUGAUUGAAUUCUUGAAGAGUAUUCUUCGUUUGGACGAAGAUCAAUGUGCUCGACGUGUCGCUCAGAAAUAUUUAAAAGUCGUUGACCCUGAUUAUUAUGAAUUCGAAACUCAUAUUUUCUUUGACGACGCUUUUGAACUGGCAGAUCACGAUGAAAACGAGACUCAAGUCAAUAGAUUCGUUAAACUGUUAGUAGGAACUCUUGAUGAAGCUGCAUCAGAUGUUCAUCAAACGCGAAUGCAUGUCCGAGCUCCGAAAAAGUAUCCAACACCAUAUGGAGGACGUUUGGUUUGGACUUUGCCAGGAAAAACUAAAAUGAUUGCUCAUUUGAAAGACAAAAACAAGAUCCGUCAUCGAAAACGAUGGAGCCAAGUCAUGUACAUGUAUUAUUUACUUGGACAUCGUUUAAUGGAACUUCCUAUCAGUGUGGAUCGUAAAGAAAUAAUUGCCGAAAAUACUUUCCUCCUUACUCUAGAUGGUGACAUUGAUUUCCAACCAGCUGCAGUAAAACUUCUUGUAGAUUUGAUGAAGAAAAAUAAAAAUCUUGGAGCUGCCUGUGGUCGUAUUCAUCCGGUAGGCUCAGGCCCUAUGGUUUGGUAUCAAAUGUUUGAGUAUGCUAUUGGUCAUUGGCUUCAAAAAGCCACUGAACACAUGAUCGGUUGUGUACUUUGUAGUCCUGGAUGUUUUUCUCUUUUCCGUGGUAAAGCUUUAAUGGAUGACAAUGUUAUGAAAAAAUAUACAACAAAAUCUGAGGAUGCCAGACAUUAUGUGCAAUAUGAUCAGGGAGAAGAUCGAUGGCUUUGUACUCUUUUACUACAAAGAGGUUAUCGAGUCGAAUAUUCUGCUGCUAGUGAUGCUUAUACUCAUGCCCCUGAAGGAUUUAAUGAAUUUUAUAAUCAACGAAGACGUUGGGUACCUUCAACCAUUGCCAAUAUUAUGGAUCUACUAAUGGAUGCAAAGAAGACUAUUAGAAUCAAUGAUAAUAUUUCUCUUCCUUAUAUUUCCUAUCAGAUUUUGCUUAUGGGUGGUACGAUUCUUGGACCUGGAACGAUUUUUCUUAUGUUGGUGGGAGCUUUUGUGGCUGCCUUUAAAAUUGAUAAUUGGACCAGUUUUUAUUACAAUAUUAUUCCUAUUUUAAUUUUCAUGAUAGUUUGUUUCACAUGUAAAGCAAAUAUACAGGUUAUAGUUGCGGGUUUUGUUAGUAUAUUUUAUGCACUAGUCAUGGUAGCAGUGAUAACAGCAAUAUCAAUAAACAUCGUUGAAGAUGGAUGGUUAGCUCCUACAACUAUAUUUUUACUAUUAGUAACAGCUCAAAUAGUCAUCAGUGGAUUAUUACAUCCUAGAGAAAUUGGAUGCCUAUUAUAUGGCUUAAUUUAUUACAUUUCAGUUCCUUCAAUGUAUGCAAUCUUAAUUAUGUAUUCUCUUAUCAAUUUGAAUAACAUUACUUGGGGCACGAGGGAAGUGAAAACUAAAAAAAGUAUUAGGGAGCUUGAACAAGAGAAAAAAGAAGCUGAAGAGGCAAAAAGAAAAGCGAAACAAAAAUCACUUCUUGGAUUCCUUCAAAAUGGUGCUGGAAAUAAUGAUGAUGAUCAAGGUUCUAUUGAAAUAUCACUAGCAGGAUUGUUCAAGUGCAUUCUAUGUACACAUGGUAAACCUUCUGACGAAAAACAACAGCUUGUUGCCAUCGCUGAAUCUCUUGAACAACUGGGAAAACGUUUGGAAAAUAUCGAGAGAACUGUGGAUCCUCAUGGCCACUCAUCAGGCAGAAGACGAGCAUCAUCUACAAGUUCUCGAGUAGAUCACCUUGGACCUAUCGAAGAAGAAGGUCGUCAUGCAUCUGGAUCUGAAAGUGAAGCUGAAACAGAAGCUAGUCAACCUAAUGAACCGCCUCGAGAUAAUUUCAAUGAUCGUCCGUAUUGGUUGAAUGAUGAAGGUCUCAAGAAAGGUGAAAUUGAUGUACUGUCAAUGCAAGAAGAAAUGUUCUGGAAAGAUUUAUUGGAGAAAUAUCUUUAUCCUAUCGAUGAAGAUAAAGCUGAGAAGGCAAGAAUAGCAAAAGACCUAAAGGAUUUGCGAGACCAGAGUGUGUUCGCAUUCUUUAUGAUGAAUGCACUCUUCGUCCUCAUCGUCUUCCUCCUUCAAUUAAACAAAGACUUACUCCAUGUCAAAUGGCCCUUUGGUGUGAAGACCAAUAUCACCUAUAAUGCUAAUUCACAAGAGGUACUCAUUACAAAAGAAUAUCUACAGUUGGAGCCGAUAGGUUUAGUUUUCGUUUUCUUCUUCGCUCUUAUUUUGGUCAUCCAGUUUACUGCUAUGUUGUUCCAUCGAUUUGGAACAUUUGCACAUAUUCUUGCCAGUACUGUUUUGGAUUGGUACUGUUGUAAAAAGACUAAGGAGCUUUCGGAAGAAGCUUUGCUAUCAAAACAUGCUGUAGAAAUAGUCCGAGAUUUGCAGCGUCUGGAUGGAAUGGAAGGAGAUUAUGAAGAAGGCAGUGGAAGCGGACCUGGACGAAGAAAAACAAUCAGAAAUUUAGAAAAAAGCAGAAGAAAAACACAAGCCAUCAAUACACUCGAUGUUGCAUUCCGGCAGCGUUUCUUCAGUAUGGCUGAAGGAAAUGGGUUGCCAAGAAAUAUAUCAAUGCGUCGAUCAACAAAAGCAUUUAAAGCAUUUGAAGGCCGUCGAAAUAGUAUCAUGGCUUUACGAAGAAAAUCUCAAAUGCAAACUUUAGGAGCCAACAAUAUUUAUGGUGUUGCUGGAAACCCAUUAGGAAUCCAGCCACGACCCACGCGAAGUAGUCAAAUAUCAGUCAAAGAUGUUUUUGCUGAUACUGGACAUGUAAAUGUAGGCUAUGAUAGCGAAGAAAGUCCACGAAACAGUUUACGAAUGCAGCCCAUGGGUGGAAAUACGUGGCGUGAAUCAAACUCUCAAAUGUAAGAGAUUUUGUGAAAAUAAGUUUCCUUAUUUUCCAACAACCAUAAAGACAGAAUUAAACUUUCAAAAAUAUUAGUAAAUUUUGUAAUUUAAUGAAAAUUAUUUCAUUUUAUAUAAUUAGCUAAUUAUAUUAUUGUAUUUAAUUGGAGAGUCCAAUGAGAAUGAGAUGUUUUACUGAAUUAAUUGUAAUGAAAAAAGUCAUAAAUAAUCAACUUGUACUACCUUCUACUCAUAUGCAAUAUUUAGAUUAAUUAAUUAUGUGAUAUGAUAAUUAAUGAAAUUAUAAUUUAAGUGAGUGAAUCUAUAUUGUACAGUGUAUGGUUGAUGAUACUUUGUAAUGACAAUUGAGUUAUAAAAUAUUAAUCGUAGCCUUAAGAUAAAAAAAUUUGGUGCUGCGAUUCCAUUACAUAACUAAUCAAUUUUAUAUCAAAUUAUAAUCAUGAUUAAUUCAUAAGAACUAAUAUUUAUAGAAAAAGAAGUGUUCGAAUCAACAACGAAAAAGACUCGGGAAAUUUUCAUUUUAAUGAAUCUAUGAAUAACUUCUUUGUCAUAAUGUCUUAAAUAGUUAAUUAAUACAUCAUUUUAAAAAUUAAA